CACUUCCCUUGUCAUAUAUAUAAACCCCAUCUGUUUCUUCCCAUUUCCCUUCUCUCUCUCUCUCUCGACCAUUUUCUCUCUCUAAAAAUGUCACCUUUUGUUCUGAAGAUGUUGCUUCCAUUGAUGCUUCUUGUGGUUAUGCUUCCACAAAGAUCUAAAGGAGAUUUUGAGCAAUGGUGCAUAUCAGAUAGUCAAGCAACAGAUGCAGAAUUACAGGCAGCAUUGGAUUACACAUGUGGGGAAGGUGGUGCAGAUUGUAGCAAGAUUCAAGAAAACCAAUCUUGUUAUUUACCAAACACACUAAAAGAUCAUGCUUCAUUUGCAUUUAAUGCUUAUUAUCAAAAAUUUAAACAUAAUGGUGCUUCUUGCUACUUUCAUAGUGCUGCAAUGACAACCGAAAAAGAUCCCAGUUAUGGUUCAUGCCACUAUGAUUACACUCCUUGAUGCAAUGGGUAACAAAUUAUAAAAAGACAGAUCACAAAUUAUAAGAAGACAGAUCACAAACGAAUGUUUACUUUUCACUUUCUUGAUUCAUUUGUCUUGAAAAGAAUCCUUUUUAAUAGAUAUAUGUUGGAAUA